GGUUAGGAAAGAAACCCAACCACGUCGACAAACGUCAUAGGCUAAGUUGAGUGGGAACCAAACUGGGUUGAGCGGGUGAGUACGGAGUACGGAGUACAUACGAAUAUUCGUACGGAUACCCGCCGUCAAAGUUUCCUGGGGAAAUCGGGGCCGCUUUCUGCAACGACCUUUGGCUAUAGUAAAAUGCUACUCUGCCUACAGGACCGGAUACCGGAUGGACGGCUGAAAUGUCAUCGUCAGGCCACGCAAAUCUACCGGCACAAAUAUGCAAACGCUGGCUGCUGAAGCGAGCGCAUCAGCGCAUGAAACGGCAUCGGGCCUUUGACUAGUGCCCGAAGCCAUCCGAAGCCCAUCUGAAAUGCAACCAGUUGCGAUUUGCACAAUGCGGCUUCAAGUUGCCUCAAGCAAGGGGGUGAGCCAGGAUAACACAGCUAGGCAAGGUUUGGUUUAGUCUUGGACCAGGACACAACUGGGUCUCUCCAACUUUUCUCCAAACUUCUCCUCUCCAUCCAUUCUCCUCCUCCUCUUCAUCCACAUCAUCUUGCUCAUCCACUUCAUCCACCUCCUAGGCUCUUCCAGUCCAACACCAUGCCCAUCCCGUCCAACACCUCCGUCACCUCGGCUGGCCUUUGGAGAACUGGACCUCGAGACUCCCCGCUCCCCGCACGAUCCCCCCGCACGAAGAGUCACUAGAGUUCUCCCACCUAUCAAGAGUCUUCUUGUCCCCCAGACACCCCGGACGUCCUCAGGGACAUGGUCAGGACACGAUGCUUACUCCAAAGCUCCGCAGAGCCCCGUCCUACCCGUAUUCUUACGCGCACCAAUGAGAAUACCGAAAUCAGCAUUUCCUCGUCUUUUGUCAAGCCCAUCUCGUCAGCAGCAGCAAGCCUUUGAAGGCCGCUCCCGUCCCCGGCGUUGGGGGCAGGUGGAUGGUAUAAGACCGGAUGCUCCCGAUUUCCCCUUUCCUAGAAAGAAAUCUUGGCCACCAGGGCGACUCCAAAUUUCUCUUGGCUUUUUUGCUUGUUGCCUCUUGGCCGUUGCUUGUUCUCUCUUGGCUUUUUGCUAGUUGCAACUUGCUGUUGGCCAAAAUCUCCCGAUUUUGCAGCCACCACCAACCACGACCACCCUCGGAACUCUCACACAAACUCAGCCCAAGAUGUCGACGGGUCUCGCCCAGGACGGGCACGACGCCUCCAGCAGAGACGACAAUGUCUUUGUCGACGAAAAGGUCGGCGAUGCCCACCACAUUGACGCGGCAGGCAACAAGACCCUGGCCGAUGCGGACCUCAUGAACGAUGCCUUUGACGGCGAGAACGAAGAACACAACCAGGGCCUGUGGCAAGCCGUCAAGACGCACCCUAAGGCUUGUUUCUGGGCCUUUAUCAUGUGCUUCACCAUUGUCAUGGAAUCUUUCGACAUGUUCUUGAACGGCAACUUUGUUGCCCAAAAGGCUUUUCAAGAUAGAUACGGUGUCGAAGUCGCUGGCGGCGGCAAGGCUAUUGAGACAAAGUGGCAGUCCGCCCUCUUCCAGGCCGGCCAGUGUGGUGCCUUCGUUGGUGUCUUCCUCGCCGGCCCGGUCGUCAACAAGCUCGGAUAUCGCCUGGCUACCAUGGUUGCCUUGGUCAUGAUGAACGCCACCAUUUUCAUCUCCUUCUUUGCCAACUCGCUUGAGGUCCUCACCAUCGGACAGGCAUUCGAGGGUGUUCCCUGGGGUUUCUUCAUCGCCAUCGGCCCCGCUUACGCCUCUGAGAUUGUCCCCCUUGCCCUGCGUGGUGCCUGCACGGCCACUCUGCAGAUGUCUUGGUCCAUCGGUUCCAUCAUCGUCGCCGGCGCAACUCUUGGCUUCAACAGCCGUACCGACGAGUGGGCGUGGCGCGCGCCCCUCGCUCUCCAGUGGAUCUUCCCCCUUCCCCUCAUGGUAAUCCUCUGGUUUGCUCCCGAGUCCCCUUGGUGGCUCAUCCGCCGCGGACGCAAGGAAGAAGCCCUCCGCUCCGUCCAGCGUCUCGGCCCCACCCACGGCACCGCCGGCCAAGCUCAGCGCAAGCUCGCCAUGAUCGAGCGUACCGUCCAGAUCGAGGCCAACAUCGGUGGAACCCCGACUCUCCUCGACCUCUUCAAGGGCGUCGAUCUCCGCCGUACAACAAUUACCUGCCUGAUGUACGCCUCGCAGAACUUCGCCGGUAACCUCAUCGCCAACCAGGCCACAUUCUUCUUCGAGCAGGCCGGCAUGGCCCACGACAUGGCCUUCAACCUCAACCUCAUCAACUCGUGCCUCCAGUUCGUCGCAAACGCUCUGUCCUGGCCCUUGACCGCCUGGUUCGGCCGCCGCACAAUCUACCUCUGGGGCACGGCCGUCAACAUUACCUUCCUCAUGCUCCUGGGUGUCUGCGCCUCAAUCCCCCAGAACAGCGCCACCAACUACGCCCAAGCCGUUCUGGGAAUAUUGAUCUCUUUCGUCUUCGCGGGUACUCUCGGCCCCAUCUCCUACACCAUUAUCGCCGAGACCUCUGCCGUCCGCCUCCGUGCCCUCAGCACCGCCGUCGGUCGCGCCGCCUACUACGUCGCCGAGAUCCCCAUGAUCUACCUCGCCUCGCAGCUCCUCAACCCCACGGGCUGGAACGUUGCUGGAAAGUGCGGUUUCGUCUGGGGCGGUACCGCUUGUGUGUGCUGGAUCAUGGCCUUCUUCUUCUUGCCUGAGCUCAAGCACCGCUCGUACCGUGAGGCUGAUAUUCUCUUCAACCGCAAGAUCCCUGCGCGCCAGUUCAAGUCUACUGUUAUCAAGGUUACGGAUAACGAGUAAAGAAUUUGUCUGGUCCGACACAAAUUUUAGGUUCUACACCGAGACCUUCUGGAUGGUGAUGAGCAACAGUUGACUGGCUUCCUUCUUGGAGGUAUCUAGCUCCUGGAUUGGAAGCUUCUUGGUUGUCUCUCAGCGACAAUCUGUGUCAGUACUAUAGCAUGAUAGAAUCACUUUCAGCAUAGAUAGCGUUUAAUGAUACGCAACGAUUAAUGUUCAA